ACCGUGUUCAAUAUCCCGAGAACCGUUUCCUGCGCAACACACUGGACGUACAUAAAAUUGAAGGAUGCAUUCAACUGGAAUUCAUAAAGUGAUCGAUCGAACGAUCUCUGUCUUUCGUCGCAUGGGCUUUUGGCAUGGAGAAGACCGACCUACAGCAAGUCAACUGGGUCUGAAGUCGUUCUAUUUUUGCUAUUACGCUCUAUUUCCGAUUUCAUUCGCGGUUGGAAUUAUAACGAACGAAACAGCAGACGAAAGUAUUUUCUUAGCGGAAGCAGGUAUUAUUGUCGUAGUUUUGGCUGUUAAAGUUUGGAUGUUGCUUUGGAAACAGCAGCAAAUUAUGGGAAUGCUAAAGCGACUGUGUGUCUUCUCAAUACGAACUGAUGAAGCGUUCACAUUUUUCAAUGAAAAAGUUGACACAUUCAUCAAAUUUGUGAUUGUGUUUGCAUGUGCUACUAUUGUCGGCUCGUGUGUGUGUUCUACUUUCCCGUUUAUUGGAAAUACGAAGUCACUGCUCAUGAAAAUUGCGUUUCCAUUGGAUUAUAAAAAUAGUGAAAUUGGCUUUUGGAUGGCUCAUCUUUUUUUCACUACCGAAAAUUUGGUUACCUUGCUGGGGUUAACGUUUUCCGUCUUCAUUUGGUAUUUAUUACUGCAUUGCUCUUUAAGAUAUAAAAUCCUAUGUAUGGAAAUAAGGAACUUGGGAGGAAUCACAGGUGGCGCUUCGCUAAAGAUGACGGAGAAGCAACGACACAUCAUUUUCCAUCAGAGGUUAUUGGCGACGAUUGAAGCUCAUCAACAUCUAAGAGAAAUAAUCGACGAAUUGGAGUCAUUUUUAUCUAAACUUUUUCUAUUACAAUUCGCCACCAGCGCCCUCUGUAUUUGUGGUUCAACUUAUUGCUUAGCAUUCGACGUCAGUGACACCUUUGUGGAACGCGUUAUUCAUAUCUAUGCGUUUUUUUACAACAUUUCUGACCUGUUUAUGAUAACGUACUUCGGCAAUGAGAUUAUGUUGUCAAGUAGUUACCUCAGUUACAGUUUAUUUGAAUGCAAAUGGAUCGAGCAACCGCAUUCGACUAAGAAGUGCAUGAUUUUUUUUGGUGAAUAUUUGAAGCGAUCGCAUGAGAUGCUAAUCGGUAAAUUGUACCCAUUAACUCUGGAAACAUUUACUGAGAUUUUGAAUAUGUCUUACAGCCUGUUCAACAUUUUGAAAAACACUAAACAUUAA